AUGGAUCUGUUCAAAGAUAUGGAUCACGUCUCAAAGUACUUGGGACGGCCAAUCGAGGUGAAAAAUAUUUGGAUUUUCACUUAAAAAUGAGAAAUUUAAGGUUGAAUUAGACACUGGGAAACGUCGGAGCGAGCCGAUAAGUGGAAAUUUGGUGACUGUCGACCCGGUGACAGAAGGAAUAAUCAUUGCGCGUUUCAAGCAUAUCUCUGAUGCUGGUUCCGUUUUCCGCAUUUCUGUUUUGUGAACAUUAUUUCUUGUGGUUUUGAAAGGUUAAAAAAAAAGUCCAUUUAUGAAGAUCUAAAUUUUUCAGAAAAUCCAUUCUGAGUUAUUCGAUUUACUAUGAUUUUCAGAACCAACUUGGUUCGACGUGAUACCCCGAACAGCGAUAGUCAACAUAUCUCUGAAGCACAACUUCGACGACACGUGCAGAGAGUUCGUGCAAAAAGUCUGAGCGAAUUCAUCACUCUGUUUCUAAGAUAUUUCGCUGACUUUGGAAUGUCGAGCACAAGUGAACAGAGCUCGCCACCAGACGUUGAACGACAGGAAAUUAUCCGAAAGCGGUAAUUUCAGUAAGAAAAAGGAUGACCAUUUUCGGUGAUGUAGGGGGGAAAUGUACGCCGAUUAUUUUCGUUCUCAUCACAUUGAAGUAGAAGAACUCGGUGACGGCGUCUACGUAGUUUGCGGGAAUGUGGUAAGUUUAUUUUUCUCCAUAGAAACGAUUACGAAUAAAAUAUCCGACGUAAAAUAAAACUGCCGCGAAAAACUCAAACUUCCUAUGGAGCACAUAAAAUCUUAAGUAAUUAACUCUUAAUGUUUAAUUUGAUUUCCCGGAUUUAAAAUUCAGGAAUAUACAGUUACGCGGUGACAUAGUAUUUUUUAAGGAUCACUAUAUUGGUUUUUCUGUUUAGGCGAAAUCACUUCAAACCAUACAUGGGCAGACCUUUUUGAAUGUCGUCAACCCCUCCUCCCAAGUCUUCCUAAAUCAAAAUCUUAACUACCUUCUUAAGUUAAAAACUAAUUUUAUUUUUUUCAUUACCACCUACUGGGGUUAAACUUAUUUUUAUACCUCAUUUAAAAAUUUUUUUUUUGCAAGUCAACCCUCCUCCCGGUCGGCUUGAUCUUUUUUUUGUCCGUGUAUGCUUUGCCGUUCUUACUAAUGACAGGAGGGGUUAAUAACUUCGAACUAACGGAAGUUGAAGUUGAAGUAUAUGCCGUGUUCAAAGUAAUUUCCGCGAAAUGCAAAAUACCCGUUAGAGAAAGGAAAAGAUCACUAAAUUUUGGAGAGUCAGAGAUCAUUUUGCAUUUCGCGGAAAUUACUUUGAACACGGCAAUAUGUAUUCCGCAAAAUUAAUGAUGUAAGUUAUAGAUUUUUCCUUUUUUUUUUAUCUUUUUAAAAAAUAGUUCGUGCGAAUAGUUUUGUACACAUAAUGUCGGUCGUCAAAUUUGCAUAAUUUCUCAGUUCAAAAUUUUAUUAACGUCGAGAAGUUUCCAGAAGUUGCUGCCCCCAUACAAGAAAGACUGUUUCCAUUGCGACAUGCCGCUGAUCCUCAACAGAAUUCUGAGGAUGGUCGAACGGAUUCCCAUUCAGGACGACAUUCAGCCACUGUACUAA